AUGGUGGUUCUUGUGGUCUAUGCCCACAUAUCACGCAGCGGGGUUCCAGGAGGCGUCCAGGACAAGAUAUCGCCGGACGAUAGGAUCUACACGGACAAGAAUCCCUCGCCAUUUGCGGUACGGUGGAUAUCUGAAGUGAGGCAAUACUGCUUGCCUUUGCUCUUCUACGUUUCCGGUGCCGCCUCCGCCUGCUCAUUUAAACAGGCCCCGAGCGGCUUCGGGAAGAUUGCAGUCUACACGUUCCUAGGAGUUGCGCUGAACGGCGUGUUAUGGGUCAUGGGACCUCAGAAUCCCGAGUGUGACCCGGGCAGCUGCCACUUGCGUCCAGAAUGCAAGGGCGCUGUGUUUGACUUCACGAUCAGCCCUUGGUCUGGGAAGCUGUUUCCGAUAUUGUUCCAGAUGUGGUAUUGCGUCAUGCUCAUUGCCCUGAUGCUGAUCAACUGGCCUCUUUUUGCAUACCUGCACAAAAAAAGUUGCCACGCUGCCAUUCUGAUACUGCAGCUUGUCCUUACCGGUGCGCUUGUUAGUGCUUUUGUCGUCCUUGCGGGCGAGGAGAUAGAGCAGCCACUUCUGGUGGCAUCUUUGAAGGUGGCUUGUGAGGGCGCGUUCUUGGCUACUGCUAUGCUGGCACGCCCUGAGCACAGACCUAGCUGGCUUCCCCUGCGUUUCGUACACUACCUACUUGGGCUUUUGAUGUUUCUGGCUUUUGGCUGCACUCCGAUCGCGCCACGCAUCGAGUCUAUUUCACCUUCGUUCAUCCUGUACAUAUUCACGGGCUUCAACAAGGCCUUCCAGCUUGGAUUCAUCAUCACGCUCUCACGCCUCCCAGGAUGGGAGGAAGCACUUCCAAUUGUUAGCAUAUAUUGGCCUAUGCUGGUGAUUCUUCGAACAGUUACUGCGCCUUCGACAAGUUGGUUUGCUGGAGGCAAUCUGACCUAUCCGUACUACCCACGCUUGGCAGAUCGUGCACUCUACGCUGCCGGCGCUGUCGUUGUCAUGUUUGUGGUUGACAGGGUUGGCCGCCAUGUGAACUGCAACGCGCUGCCAGAAUCUCUUGCGAAUAUGGCACUAUUGCUGUACUUACUCCAUCCCUGGAUAAUGGCGAUCUUGAUAGUGGUAACUCGUGGCACUCCACUGGAAGAUGCUGGCUCUUUAUGGCUGCUGGCCCUGGCAGUGGGCUGGGUGCUGGGCCUUUGCUGCACCAUCAAGCCAAGGACAAUUUGCCGCGCUCGCCGUGACUCAAAAUCUUUGGCUACUUGCAAUGGUGACUCCGAGAGCAGCAGUCAGGAAGACUCGGUGGACGCCUGA